ACAAUGCCGGAAGAUACAUUUUUUAAAGUUUGCUGAAACCGUUGGAACCGUUGGAACUUGCUGUUGCUGUGCAAUUAGUGUAAUUUCAUCGGGUUUUUGCUGAAGAAAAAGUCGAAAAAAUAUAAUAAGAAUAUUACAUUUUUGUAUUAAGAAGAAGUUGAGAAGAAAACGAAAAUGUCGCUAGAAAAUGCUGCUGAGGAAGAUCCGGAAUUUCAAAGACCGUUAAUUUCCGGUAAGGAAGCUUAUGCUGAUUUUCAUUGCAUAACUGAAGUGCAAACUGAAAAGUUAUCGUAUAUGUGGACAAUAAAAAAUUACAAUAAAUUAUGCACAAAAGAAAUUGAUGAAUUAUUUAGUGAAGAGUUCUCUGCGGAAAGUACACCUGAAAUAAAGUGGAUAUUAAAUUUGAAACUAGGUUCAUCAACACAAUCGAACCUUCAUCUGGAACUUCAUCAUACCUCAGAAUAUCUUCGAACGUAUGCAGUUUUUUUAAAGGCAAAAAUUUCAAUUCUUGGUGCUGAUUUAGAUAAAAGAUAUUCAACAAUUUCAUUUCAAGGUUAUUCAAAAGACGGAAUGGAAUGGAAGAAUGAGGAAUUUAUCGAAAAAUCAAUUCUAAUGGAAAAAGCGGAUGAAUUGCUUUCGAAAAAUUCUCUAGUUAUUUAUUGUGAAAUUUUACAAUUGGGUUAUGUAAAUAUUCAAAAAGAGAGCAUUCCAAUUUAUGAUGAUUCAAAAUUAUUGGAUGAUUAUUCGAAACUUUUUGAAAAUUCUUUAUUUGCCGAUGCGACAAUUAAUGUGAAGGGGCAUAGUUUUAGAGUUCACAAGGCAAUUAUUACAGUGAGAUGUUCAUUUUUCGCUGCCAUGUUUAAUCCAGAGUCAAGAAUGAAGGAGCAAGUGGAGGGAAUUGCGGAAAUUAAUGAUAUUUCAGUUGAUGUAUUUCGUGAAAUUCUUCGUUUUAUUUACACUGGAAAAGUUGAAAAUAUUAAAGAGAACGUUGCCGAUUUGCUGAUAGCUGCCGAAAAAUACGAUUUGAAUGUAUUGAAAGCAAUAUGUGAAAGAGAAAUGUAUGAAAUUUUGAGCGAGGAAAAUGCAAUGGAAUUCCUCAUUAUUGUCGACAGACUAAAUAUUUCUUUAUUAAAGAAGAGAAUUUUGAGAUUCAUUAAACAAAAUAUAACAGUUAUCAUUGCGCAGGAUAAUUGGACUGAUAUUUUGAGCAAACAUGUGGAUCUUUUAACGGAAAUUUUACAAAUGCAAAUUGAAAAUUAGCAUUUUUUCUCCUAUUUUUUUUUGCAUUGAGACGAAUUUGUCAAAAGGGAUAUUUUUGGAUGUUUUAAACAUUCUAAACCUAAAGACAGAUCAAAAGUUUAAAUUUAUACGUUCUUAAAAGUGUAUAAAAAGAAAUUUAGACUUUUCACUUUUUUUUUAAUUGUUAAAAGUUAUAAACAUUAAAAUAUUCGAAGGAUUGAUAUAAAAACAACAAAGUGUUUUAAAAAGUAUUUUUUCACAUUUUUUUGUUCUUUUAAUUUUACACAAUAGAAAAAAAUUGAAAUUGAGAAUAUUUAUAUUUAAAAAUAAUUAUUAUAAAGAUUUACUAGAAUACAAAUAAAUA